UCUCACAACUGUCAUCCACUGUCAUCUAACGCGUCGAGUUGUUUGAGUGGCAAUAUUUGUUAUUUUUCAUUUAUUUGGCAAUUUUUAUCAGAUUUUAUGCCGUUUUCGUAACUUCACUAACAAUGCCGAGCCAAUACGAAGAAGAACGUGUGUGGGAAUCAUCAAGUCAUCCUCAUUAUGAAGAUGAAGGUGGUGAUGAUAUUAUUGAAAAUCCAGAAGAAGUGUUGCAAGAAUGUUUGGAAAAAUUCAAAACUCCAGACUACAUCAUGGAACCUGGUAUAUUCGGCCAACUGAAACGAUAUUUCCAAGCUGGAGGCAAUCCGGAACAAGUAAUUGAGCAAUUAUCAAUAAAUUACAGCGCAGUGGCUCAAAUGGCAAACUUGUUGGCAGAAUGGCUCAUACUUGGAGGUGUUAAAGUCACAGAAGUUCAAGCUAUGGUCGAAAAUCAUUUGAAGGACAUGAUACUGAAAACAUUUGAUCCUAAAAAAGCAGACACAAUAUUUACAGAAGAAGGAGAAACACCCGCAUGGCUGACAGAAAUGAUUGAACAUCCAACUUGGCGGUCAUUGAUAUAUCGUUUGGCUGAAGAAUAUCCUGAUUGUCUAAUGUUAAACUUCACUAUAAAGUUAAUAUCUGAUGCAGGAUUCCAAGGAGAAAUAACAAGCAUCUCAACAGCUGCUCAGCAAAUUGAAGUAUUUUCGAGGGUCCUCAAAUCUGCUAUUGUUGGGUUCUUACAAAGUUCAGAUGACUGGCAAAAUAGUGUUAAUGAAUGUGCUAAAAUGGUUUGUCACGGUGCUCAUACCUAUGUAUACAGCCAAGUGAUAGUGCACAUUUUAUCUCAAGAGCCAAGGGGUGGUGCGAUAAUGAAAAGACUGGGACAAGAAAUUACUCGAUGUGCUCAACAAAGCGGCCAUGACGUCACUCCAAUAACACUAGCGCUGACAGCGGGCGAGUCCUGGCGCAACGCGCGCACGGCGCUGGCGGCCAUGUUGUCGCGCGGCGCGCUCAACCCCGCCGACAUAUCCGUGCUCUUCCGCGCGUACACGCAGCCUGAACCACCGCCAGUACAUCUUUUAAGAAUACCCCAGUUUCUAGAACUCCUGGUCGAUGCGCUUUUUAAAUUAGGCAGCAAGUUAAAUCCAGAACACAAAUCCAAAUACAUGUACUUGUUAGCCUAUGCUGCUAGUGUAUGCGAAGGGCAUUCGCCUGGACGUCCAGUAAAAGAUGAAUUGAAAGCUACUGUACAGGCUAUUGAAAAAGUCCACGCCGUUUGUAGCAGUUCUGCUAGCUCCAGCGAAUUGAUUGCGGAACUUCCUACUUUGUAUCACUGUAUAAGAUUUCCAGUCGUUGGUAUGGGAGUACUGGUGUGGGUGGAAUGUGUAGUAACUGAACCCUCAUACUUCAAACUCUGCACUGAACAUUGUCCCGUUCAUCUAGCACUCCUGGAUGAGGUCGCAUCGUGUCAUCAUUUACUUCAUCACAGACUUCUGUGGCUGCUCGUUCAAUUGUUCGAAUCACCGCAAGACGAAUUAGAAAUUCUUGUUCAGCUUCAAUUAAAGAAAAUGCUUCUUGAUCGUAUGGUGAACCUGCUUAGUCGUGGCUGCGUGGUGCCCGUACUACGGUACAUCAAGCAAUGCUGGCAGCGUGGCGAUACGGACAUUUCCUUGAUUCGAUAUUUUAUUACUGAGGUUUUAGAUGCAAUAGCGCCUCCUUACACGCCAGAAUUUGUGCAAUUGGUAUUACCGAUGGUUGAAAAUGAAGAAAUUACUGGGACAAUGAGAGCAGAAGGAGAAAAUGACCCCGUUUCAGAAUUUAUUGUUCACUGCAAGGCCCAUUAUGUGGUGGUGUAACAAAAAUUAAGUGUUUAUUACUUUAAAGUACAUGUAAAUAAUUUUAAAAAUAAAAAAAUAACAGUAA